GCCCCUUCUCCCCUUCCUGGCUCCGCCCCCUCCAUGUCUCCUUCAACCCCACCUCUGUUCUGGCCCCGCUUCCUCUGGCUCCACCCGUUCUCUUCUUCCUUGCUCCACACCCUUUCUGGCUCCACCCUGUGCCUCCGCACCCCCACCUCCUUUCUGGUCCUUCCCCUUCUGGCUCUACCGCUUCUCCUCUCCCUGGCUCCACCUCCUGUCUGGUCCCCUCUCCCCCCAGGCCCAGCCACGUGGGUGAAGCUGGGCCACUGCAACGGGACGAGGCAGUCGCCGGUAGAGCUGAGCACCCAUGAUGCUGUGCCUGACCCACGCCUGGGCCCUGUGGCGCUGAGUGGCUAUGGUGAUGCCCGCCGCCUGCGCAGCCUCCACAACACCGGCCACACUGUGGACGUGCAGCUGGCGGAGGGGCUAAUGCUGUCGGGCCCUGGGCUGCCAGGGCACUACCGGGCCCAAUCCUUCCACCUCCACUGGGGCCAAGGCGAGGCCCGGCCCGGAUCUGAGCAUCUCCUGGAUGGGCGCCGCUUCUCCAUGGAGCUCCAUGUGGUUCAUACCAAGGAGAACCUGACGCUGCAUGAGGCCAUGGAUGACCCCGAAGGGGUGGCGGUACUGGCCUUCUUCGUCCAGGUGCGUCCGCAUGCCUGGGUUCUCCGGGGGCUGGGGUGGAGCUGGGAGCCUGGGCACCUGGGUUCUCAGGGAGGGGGAAUGGGGGCUGCGGGUUUGGAUCAGCGGGCCUGGGAGCCUGGAUACCUGGGCCCCCUGCCUCAGUUUCCCCACCUCUAGGCAUCAUCACACGCACGCCCCACCCGGCACUGGGAAGC